UGUGUGUGUGUGUGUGUGCAGGUCCCAGUGCAGCGUUUCCACAGUGUGUGUGUGGAGCUCCGUCAGGCUCUGAACAGAGAGCAGGAGGCUCAGACGCUGAUCCAGGAACAGACCGACCGGCUGCACGCACUGCAGCUGAGAGCCGACACACACACCUCCGAGCUGACCAACACGCAACACACACUGACACAGACCACACAGGCUCUGUCGGAGGCUCAGCAGGAGGUGGGCCGGAAGGAGCGCUCGCUGAGGAUUCUGGGUAAACAUGUCGGCGUUCAGAGGGAGAGGAAGCAGCUGGAGGAGAGACUGCGGCGAGCGGAGGACGAGCUGAGGGACGCCGCCAGACGUAAAGAUCGUCUGAUCAGCAUCAUGAAGGCUGCGGAGACGAGCUACAAGGAGGUCAGGGAAAGUAUCGUCCAAUCACGGCGCUCGCUCUCAGAUCAGCCCCGCCCCCUGCCGUUACCCAGGGAACACCUGGAGCUGAGUGGAGCAGAGAGCAUCAUGGGAGCUCCUGAGCUGGCAGUGUGCCAG